AUGCCCUUUCUUCGAAAUAAAUUUUGUGGAAAGAGGCAAUUGAAAUUGAAUCGACUGUCGGGCAGAGGACUCUCUUUUUCCGCCCUCAUCACUCUCUACUUUGACUUCGAGCGAUCCAAUUCCUCAACCUCGUCUUUUGAUCUGGAAAUGGCUGGAGAAACUAAGAAUGAUGCUGCAGAGUCUGCGACUACAGAUACCGAGCUUAAGCCAACAAAGAAAAAAAAGGGAGUACUGUCAAGAAUAUGGAAUGCACUAUUUAGACUGCAUGGGGAUGAUUUUGAAAAAAGACUGCAAUAUAUAACCAAGGAAGAGGCUUCUGUCCUUGCCAGAAUUAAAAGGCGUUCUCAUAGUUCAAGGAGGAUGGCUAGGAAUAUCAUUAUAUUUUCUGUAGUUUUUGAGGUAAUUGCAGUGGGUUAUGCUAUUAUGACUACAAGAUCUUUAGACUUGGACUGGAAAAUGAGAGCAUUGCGAGUUUUGCCAAUUUUUCUUCUGCCUACAUUAUCUUCCAUUAUUUAUUCAGCACUUGGAAGCUUCACAAGGAUGUGUGAUAGGAGGGAUGAGAAAACAUUGGCAAAGCUUCGGGCUGAGAGGCAAGCAAAAAUAGAUGAACUCAAGGAGAGAACAAAUUACUACACCACCCAACAGUUAAUACAGAGGUAUGACCUUGAUCCAGCAGCCAAGGCAGCUGCUGCAACUGUCCUGGCAUCCAAGCUAGGUACAGAUUCUGGUAUGAAAGUCUACAUGGCUGAUGAGUCUAAGCUGAAUGCCCCAACUGGAAAGAGCAAUGAAGUGGAAGCUGCAAGGACUAGUGGACUUAGAAAUCGAAAGCCAUCUAAUACAAAAUCCAACAGCAAGAACGUGCAUGAUCCUGAAGAAGAAAUGCUUAAUCAUGAAGAGUUCGAGAGCCCUGAUAUUUCCGAGCAUCGACAGGUCAUUGUGGAGCAUCAUCAUCAAAUUGGUUCAAGCACACAUGAUGGUAGAUGGAUUGCUCGAAUUGCAGCAUUGCUUGUGGGAGAGGAUCCAACACAAUCUUAUGCACUUAUAUGUGGAAAUUGUCGUAUGCACAAUGGGCUUGCAAGGAAAGAAGACUUUCCUUACAUAACUUACUACUGCCCACAUUGCAAUGCUCUGAAUAAGCCAAAGCAACCCGAUCAGCAUGUUUCUGGCUCGAGUUCCCCUAAAAUGACCUCCUUAAUGAACGUGGUUGAUGCAAAGGUGACAAGAAGUGCUGAUGAUUCCACGAUUGACAGGAUAUCUGCUGGCAGUAGCCCUGUGGCUGCUCCUUUGGAUAAUCACGAAAGUGAAAAGAUAGCAACUAGUGGUUCUGUUCGCUAG